CCGCUCACUGUACGUGAGGUGCAAGUGAAGCACCGGCAUCCAGAGAGAGAGAGAGAGAGAGACAGAGAGGCAGAGAGAGAGAGAGACAGAGAGAGGGAGGGAGAGAGAGGUUAGGUGGCAGCAGCGUGAUACAGAAGAUGAAAAAUCCCUGAACGAGGCGGGAGGGUCACUUGACACCGUCUCCUUCUCGGCGGCUGACGGGGAGAUACUCGCUGUGGUCCUUGUGACUUUACAGUUUGCAGCGCGCAGAAAACAUGAGCCUGCAGCUCAGCUCAUGAAAGCUGAUGAGUCUUUGCUCUCGCACACGUUCACUGACUCACUGACUGACCGACUGACCGACUCGGGACGUUUCCACAGAGAAAUACCCGGACUCAUGAAAGAGCCUCCUCUUAUGUCAAGAAUGAGGUGAAGAUCACUUAUGGCGGACUAGAGCACACUUCAGCUCAUUGUAUUCAGCGCAUUCCAGCUCCUUACUGCUUAUGUGUAUCAGCUCCUUAGCUGAUACACAAUCCCAGGGGGUUUGUCUGAGCUCUGUAUCAUUUGGGAAUGGGAAUGUGUGAGCAUAAAGGAUGGACUUACUGCAGUCUCACUAAAGGUCACAGUCCUCCAAAGGUCAUGUCGUGGCCCCUUGCACUGUGGCUACUGACUCUGAUCUCUGUCAAUCAAAAGACAACUGUUGGACAGACUCUGAACACCUUCCAAUCAGAGAGGAGGGAAUGGUCCCUGAACCACCUCACUGUGCAUCAGUCCACUGGAGCGCUGUACGUCGGAGCCGUGAACCGAAUCUACAAGCUGUCGGCCAAUCUCACCCUCUUGGUGUCCCAUGGCACGGGGCCAGAAUAUGACAACAAAGCAUGUUAUCCUCCUCUGAUUGUCCAGCCCUGCUCUGAGCCGUUGGCCUCUACCGACAACAUUAACAAACUGUUGCUCAUAGACUACUCUCACAACCGCCUGCUGGCCUGUGGCAGCCUCUACCAGGGCGUUUGCAAGCUGAUGAGGCUUGACGACUUGUUCAUCCUUGUGGAGCCCACACAUAAGAAAGAACACUACCUGUCCAGUGACAAUCAGACGGGGACAAUGUAUGGUGUUGUUGUGCCCUCACAAGGUCAGGAUGCCACUCUGUAUAUUGGCACAGCUGUUGGAGGCAAACAGGACUACUUCCCAACUAUCUCCAGCCGCAAGCUGCCUCGGGAUCCAGAGUCCUCUGCCAUGCUGGACUAUGAGCUUCAUACUGACUUUGUUUCAUCUCUAAUUAAAAUCCCCUCAGACACACUGGCACUUGUUCCACACUUUGAUAUUUACUACAUCUAUGGCUUUGCUAGCGGCAACUUUGUCUAUUUCAUGAGUGUCCAGCCAGAGACUCCAGAGAAUGGGAUGCCUGCAGGCGGCUCCCCCGGGGAUCUAUUUUACACCACUCGCAUCAUUCGACUCUGCAAAGGUGACAAGAGGUUCCACUCCUAUGUGUCACUUCCUGUGGGGUGUAUACACAGAGGUGAGGAAUACCGUCUUCUUCAGGCGGCUUACCUGACCAAGGCCGGCAGAGUUCUAGCAAAGUCACUCAACAUUAGCGCUCAGGAGGACGUGGUCUUUGCCGUGUUCUCCAAGGGACAGAAGCAGUUCCACGACCCUCCAGAUCACUCCGCUCUCUGCGUCUUCACCAUCCAAGACAUCAACACACGCAUCAAGGAACGCCUGCAGUCUUGCUACCAGGGAGAAGGAAACCUGGAGCUGCACUGGCUGCUGGGGAAGGAUGUGCAGUGCACCAAAGCGCCUGUUCCCAUUGAUGAUCACUUCUGUGGCCUGGAUAUAAACCAACCCCUCGGGGGUUCUCAGCUGGUGUCGGGUCGGACAGUCUACACUGAGAACAGGGACAGGCUGACCUCUGUCACCUCCUACAUCUACAAUGGACACACUGUGGUCUUCCUAGGCACCAGAUGUGGACGCUUGAAAAAGAUCAGGGUGGACGACCCUCUGGAGGGAGGAGUGCUGUACGAGACAGUGACUGUGAUGAAGGAUAGCAGCGCCAUCCUCCGGGACAUGGCCUUCUCCCUGGACAGGAAAUCUCUCUAUGUCAUGUCUGACUAUCAGGUGGCUCAGGUUCCCGUGGAGGCCUGUGAGCAGCACACUACAUGCGCCGAGUGCCUGAGCUCUGGUGACCCUCACUGCGGCUGGUGUGUCCUGUUUAACAUGUGCUCACGCAGGGACAGGUGUCCGAGGGCAGAGGAGAACUUCCGCUUUGCCACGGACAUUGACCGCUGUGUGAAAGUUAUCGCUCACCCGGACAGCAUUGCAGUAUCAGCACAUAGUGUCCCACUUCUGCUGGAGGUGAAUAAUGUUCCAGACCUUUCUGCUGGGAUCACCUGUUCAUUUGGCCAGCAGGCCCAAGUGGAGGGUCACGUCAAAGGGAACAGGGUGAUGUGUCUGUCCCCAGCUGGCAAGGAGGUCCCUCAGAUACAAGAGGGACAAGACUGGGCCGGCGUAGAACUUCGUCUAAACUCAAAGGAGACAGGUCAAAUGGUUGCCAGCACGGAGGUGAAAUUCUACAACUGCAGCACACACAAAACGUGUCUGUCCUGUGUAAACAGCACUUUUCGCUGCCACUGGUGUAAAUACCGCAACCUGUGCACACAUGACCCCAGCAGCUGUUCUUUCCAGGAGGGAAGAGUCAACGCCUCAGAGGAUUGCCCUCAGCUCCUGCACUCUGGGGAAAUUCUCAUCCCGGCCGGUGAAGUCAGACCCAUCACCCUUAGGGCCCGGAACCUUCCCCAGCCGCAGUCUGGUCAGCGGGGCUACGAGUGUGUGGUGCACGUGCAGGGAGUCAGCCAGCGUGUCACGGCGCUGCGCUUCAACAGCACCAGUGUGCAGUGCCAGAACAGCUCGUACAUGUAUGAGGGUGUGAAGAUCAGUGACCUGGCAGUGGACCUCUCCAUUGUAUGGAACGGCAAUUUCAUCAUCGACAAUCCCGAGAAGAUUAAAGUGCAUCUGUACAAGUGCAGUGCUCAGCGGGACAGCUGUGGCAUGUGCCUGCGGGCAGACAGGAAGUUCCAGUGCGGCUGGUGCAGCGGCGAGGGUCGGUGCACCAUGAAGCAGCACUGUCCUCCCAUCUCCCCCUAUGCGAGUCGCUGGCUGGACCUGUCCGUCAGGAAUGUCAAGUGCACCAACCCACGCAUUACUGAGGUGAGUCCAGUGGCAGGUCCUUUGGAGGGGGGUACUCUGGUCACCAUCCAGGGCCUGAACCUUGGCCUGUCCUUCUCUGAGCUGGAGGGUAACGUGGAGGUUGCAGGAGUGCAGUGUACCCCACAGGAGGACGGAUAUAUCACUGCAGAACAAAUUGUGUGCGAGAUGGCCGCAGCUCCUAAAGGAAGCACACCGGGUCCAGCAAAGCUCUGUGUUGGCGAAUGCAGACCAGAACUCCGCGCACAGUCGUCCCAGUUCUACUUCUUUGUGGUCCCAUCAAUGUUGGCGCUGACCCCAGCCAGAGGACCUGAAUCUGGGGGCACCAAAGUCACCAUUGUUGGAGAGAAUCUGGGUGCUGGCAGCACUGUAAAUGUCUUCUUCGGUAAUCAGACCUGUGAGCUGUACAGGAGGACCAUGUCAGAAAUCGUGUGCUUCUCUGCACCAGCAGUGACAGGAGCGGGGUUGGUGCAGGUCAGUUUGAGAGUCGACAGAGCCAAAGUUCCUGGGAGUUUGGUCUUUGAGUACAUAGAAGACCCCACAGUCCAGCGCAUUGAACCCCUAUGGAGCAUUAUCAGUGGACACACCACCCUGACAGUGACUGGGACUAACCUGGACGUGGUGCAGGAACCGCGUGUCAGAGUCAAAUAUGACGGCCAUGAAUCUGUCAAUGUGUGCAAAGUGCUGAACACGACCACUAUCAGCUGCUUCGCUCCCUCGCUCAAGGCCGAGCACACCGCAGACCAGGAGACGAUCAAACACGUGGACGAGAUUGGCUUCGUCUUCAACAAUGUCCAAGCUCUGCUCACGUACAACAACACAAGCUUUGUCUACUACCCCAACCCCUACCUGGAGCCCCUGAGUCUGUCUGGUGUUCUGGAGCAAAAACCUGGAGCUCCCAUCAUACUUAAGGGACGGAACCUGGUGCCAUCAGCAUCUGGUGGAGCCAGGCUGAAUUACACAGUGUUGAUUGGGGGCACACCUUGUUCUCUCACCGUGUCUGACACACAGUUACUCUGUGAACCACCAAACCUCACCGGGCAGCACAAAGUCCUGGUCCAAGUCGGAGGACUCCACAUCUCCCCAGGAGAAGUUCACAUCCGGUCCGACAGCCUGCUCACCCUCCCUGUCAUCCUCAGCAUCACAGCUGGAGGAGGGCUGCUCCUCAUCAUAGUCAUCAUAGUCUUACUGGCCUACAGGCGAAAGUCACAGGAGAACGAUCUGACUUUGAAACGCCUGCAGAUGCAGAUGGACAAUCUGGAGUCGCGAGUGGCUUUGGAAUGCAAGGAGGCCUUUGCAGAACUGCAGACAGACAUCAAUGAGUUAACCAGUGAUCUAGACAGAGCUGGCAUCCCCUACCUGGACUAUCGAACUUAUGCCAUGAGGGUUCUCUUCCCUGGCAUCGACGAUCACCCUGUGCUCAGAGAGUUGGAGGUGCCCGGGAGCGGACAAGCAAAUGUGGAGAAGGCUUUGAAGCAGUUUGCUCAGCUGCUAAAUAAUAAGGUUUUCCUGCUGACUUUCAUCCGGACACUGGAGCUGCAGCGCUCUUUCUCCAUGCGCGACCGUGGCUAUGUCGCCUCGCUCAUCAUGACUGCUCUGCAGGGACGGCUGGAAUAUGCUACCGACAUCCUCAAACACCUGCUUUCCGACCUUAUCGAACGCAAUCUGGAGAGCAAGAACCAUCCCAAACUACUACUCCGCAGAACGGAGUCGGUGGCGGAGAAGAUGCUGACAAAUUGGUUUGCCUUCUUGCUCCACAAAUUUCUCAAGGAGUGUGCCGGAGAGCCUCUCUUCAUGCUGUUCUGUGCCAUCAAACAGCAAAUGGAGAAGGGACCGAUAGACUCCAUCACUGGAGAAGCACGUUAUUCUCUCAGUGAGGACAAGCUCAUCCGACAGCAGAUUGAAUACAAGACACUGACGCUGAGUUGUGUGAACCCAGACAACGAGAACAGCCCAGAAAUCCCUGUGAAGGUGCUCAACUGUGACACCAUCACCCAGGUCAAGGAGAAGAUCCUGGAUGCGGUGUACAAAAACAUGCCAUACUCACAGCGACCGCGAGCCGCCGACAUGGAUCUAGAGUGGCGGCAGGGCAGAACUGCCCGUGUGGUCCUGCAGGACGAGGACAUCACCACCAAGAUUGAGAGCGACUGGAAGAGACUCAACACGCUUAUGCACUACCAGGUAUCUGAACGCUGCGUCGUGGCCUUGGUGCCCAAACAGAUGUCCUCUUUCAACAUCCCCUCAUCAGCCAGCUUCCCUCGCAGCAUCAGCAGAUACGGUGUGGAUGUGCCCUUCCGUUCCACCCCGACCAGUCCCGACAGCCCACACUCUCGUGUGCCCAUGUUGACUCCAGACCUGGAGAGUGGCGUUAAGGUCUGGCACUUGGUUAAGAAUCACGACCACGGGGACCAGAAAGAGGGAGAACGUGGAAGCAAAAUGGUGUCUGAGAUCUACCUGACCAGGCUACUAUCAACAAAGGGCACACUGCAGAAGUUUGUGGAUGACUUGUUUGAGACCCUGUUCAGCACAGUGUGUCGGGGCACCGCCCUGCCCCUUGCUAUCAAAUACAUGUUCGACUUUCUGGAUGAGCAGGCGGACAGACACGGCAUCCACGACAUGGAUGUUCGCCACACGUGGAAGAGCAACUGUCUGCCGCUGCGUUUUUGGGUAAACAUGAUCAAGAAUCCUCAGUUUGUGUUCGACAUUCACAAGAGCAGCAUCACGGACGCGUGUCUGUCUGUGGUGGCCCAGACCUUUAUGGACUCAUGCUCAACAUCUGAGCACCGUCUGGGAAAAGACUCUCCCUCCACCAAACUCCUCUAUGCCAAGGAUAUACCACAUUACAAAAGCUGGGUCGAGAGGUACUAUGCUGACAUCAACCGCCUGCCUGCCAUCAGUGAUCAGGAUAUGAAUGCCUAUCUGGCUGAACAGGCUCGCCUUCACUCCAGUGAGUUCAAUGUGCUCAGUGCUCUCCAUGAGAUCUACGCUUAUGUCAGCAAGUACAGCCAAGAGAUCACUGAGGCACUGGAGCAAGAUGAACAGGCCCAGAAGCAAAAGUUGGCAUAUAAAGUGGAGCAGAUCAUCGCAGUCAUGUCUACCGAGAGCUGAGAACAGACACACACACACACACACACACACACACACACACACACACACACUAUAAACCCUUUCACCAAAACGGGCACUCAUGCACAUAUACAAUCACUCAUAAACAGAAAUACUGAUGUACACAUUAUGGACCUUCUGCAUAACCAAACAAUGCAUACACAAAGAAAGACAUACAGUGCAAACGCACACCUGCAAAUGUACAUACACAAGCCAUAGCCCACAUCAAAGAGCAGAUUGUCCCAAAGCAUGACUUUUACAUCAGUGUCAUUGGCAAACAUCCAGCUCCUACAACGCUCAUAUGAAGAGGGGGAGAAAGAGGAUUUGAGCCAUCGUGGUCGUUGAAUUUGCUGCCAAUUGUUUUCCGCUGGGUAAUGGUUUUUUUUUCUUUGUAGUUGGUGCUUACACUAAAUGUCAUAAAACAGCACUUGAUAAAGAACAAUUCAACUUAAAAAGUCACUGGAGGAGCUCAGCAAAGGCGGGAACCAAUUUAUAGACAGAACAUGUGGUGGGAGCAAGUACUUUUUAUAUGUCAAAGAUGACGGACUACAUAUCAGAGGCUUGAAGUGAGCCACUGGGAGCCGAAAUGUUAAAUUAUUUAUUGUUAAGCCUUUUCCUAUUGCCUUUUAAAGGCUUUAAAAAAAGAAGAGAUAUAGCUACAGACUCACUGCUUUAAGUUAUUUUUGUUUAAAGCUAGGAUUGGUACAAUACCAGACUACACUUUGGGAAAAAAAAAACUUAAAACCAAUGUAUUCCAUCACCUCCUGUCUGCUAUCUGAUCAAAUCUCUGUUCCCAAAGCACUGGAAGUUGUAAGCUGUAAAUUGUGGCUGUGUUUUGUUUUUUUUCCCCGUCAUUUUCCUCCAGCUUAAUGUGAAGGCUCUGGUCAGAUGCAGAGAGAACACAGUGAAGGACAGGUACACCAGCUAAUCAUUCCAGCCAGUCUGAAAGAAACGACAGGUUGUGUUUAUCGGAGUGGCGACAGGGCUACAGACACCAGCUUUUACUUUCAUUAAGAGACAGGCAUCAGUACAUGCAGAGGAUUUAAACACUAAAGAUGAAAAGUGUCUUGGAAACAAAUGACCAAUCCUAGUUUUUUUGUUUGUUUGUUUGUUUUUCAUCGUCAUUUACAAGGUGAGGCUUUAAUACUCCAAAACCAAAAAGGUACUGAUUUGAAACUGAAGUAUAGUAUGUAGAUAUAUUUCCUGUUCCACUCCCUGGCUUAAUUGUGCCAAAUAUAUCCCAUGAUUCAUUAAUGUUGAACACUCUUGUAGAAGCUAUUAAUAGAAUAUGUCAUUGUGCGGAAAAGAUUCCAUUUAAGAUAGGGACUUUUGUUAAGUGAUGAUGAAGAGACCACUAAUUCAGCCAUUCAAAGAUAAGUGGAGGCCCAAUUGAUCUGUGACAGGAAGCAUGAUUAAUGACGCUACAAGCCCGAUCGAGGACGAGAUUAGCCGAACCCUUGCCAGUGGCACCGCUACCCCAUCCUCCACAUUUCAACAGUCACUGUUUACAUCGAGCAUUAUACUUGAAAUGCCCCGAGUGUACGAGAUAUUAAGAAUAUUCUACACAGAUGAAGUUAGGAGAGAGCUCAGAUGCCUUAUUGACUGUCCUCACUAAAUCUGGAAAUGAACCCUGGAGAUCUUGAGAUGCAUUCUUUAUAGUCUGUACACAGAGUGCACGUGUGAUUAAUGAUAUGUGUUUGGGUCAGCAGUCGGUCCCUGUAAAGUUUAUUCAUUAAAUGUCUGUUUGCUUCAUCGUGCUGUUUUUGCCUUACACCCCGACUAUGUUCAUGCUCCAGUAAAUAACUCACACGUUUUCCUUUAAGUGGGUAUUUGACCUCACUGCCUGUUGUCUCCUCGCUGCUGUAUUUAUAUAUAGUGCCAUAUCUAAACUCUAAUGUAGUUACCAUUUCAAAAUGUCUGUCCAAGGCAUCACGAUCUUUCAGGGUUUUGGCUUCAAAUGUUUCAUAUUAAUCUAAAGGAACAAGAUAAAACAACAAAUGCAUUUCCCUGUUAAGUGUUGAAAACAACGGCGAGAGCUCAUCUGUUUCAUGUGUAGUUCAAUUAUGCUAAUUUAUAAAUGUGUCGUGCAAUAAACCGUCAGGCAUUUAAACUGUAAUGUUUUUUAAAUGAUAUAUUGUAUAAAUACUGUACAUAGAAAACAAUUACUAUUUUGCAAGCAAAAAACUUCACUUUGUACUGUUGUAAUACAUUAAAUGCGCAGCUGAUGAAAAUUGA